AUGAGUUGCUAUAUUACUAACACAUUUUUGGGCAAUUAAUUAAAUUCAAUAAUUUGCUAAAAAAAUAUCUGACCUUAAUCAGGAUUAUAUAAAAUUAUUAUAUCGACUAGCUUAUGGUGAUUAUCUAAAAGAUUUGCUGGUAACUAUGAUAUAUAUUACGUAAAUCAGUGAAAUAAAAACCGUUGAAGUAUAACGUCGAAAAUGAGAACGAGAAAUCUAUUUUGUAACGUGUCAAAUAACAGUGAAAAAGUAAAUUUAGUUGUGUUGGAGCGCACUUGUUGCUUGCGUGCGUCGCAUUUCUAAGAACUAUUUAUAAAAGUAUUGGAGUAAUAGCCACUACUUUCGAUUUUCGCCCCCUAUUUGAUACCGCAGAAGUAGCGACAUAUGUGAUUGUCUCGAGAACUAGUACAGAGCCGCGGAAUACGUUGUACGAAUAGAUUAAGAGUGGACGUGUGUGGCUCAGCAUGAAGAAAAACGUCAAAAUUGGAAUAAUUUCAUAGUUAAAGUGUAAAAGUGCAAGAAAAUAGUGCGUGGGGUGUGUGUAGUACAGUGUAUAUAAUGUAAAUAAUGCCUUUAUUAACUUUGGGAACUUGAAAAUUAUUUGUAAACAAACUGCGAGUUUCGUUCAAGAUGGCUGGACUUUGAAGACACUCUUUGUCCGUAUGUCAUUAUGAAAGUUGAGCUUAUCGCUCAGGAUAGAAGGAUAGAGUGGGAAUGCGUGACAUGUUCAUCCAAUCCCAUCAGUCGGUUACGAAUAGCAACAACAACGGGGCAGUCCAACCAAAAAAGCGUAAGGCAGAACAUUAUACAAACAGUACCGGUAUUGUUAGCGGCAACGCAAGCGCGGAAUUUACGUUCGUCGAUCAAGUAUUUUCUGUAAACGACGGCGGUACGCAAAACUUCGAUUCUUCAACAACUUCUUUGACCAAUAACAUUGUUAAUAAUCAAACUAACAAUAGUCAUAAUGGCAGUCCAUCUCGCAGUAAUCAACAACCUUUCGUGCGAGCGUCGACCAUCAAACUGUUAGAUACGUAUCAGCGCUGCGGCCAAAAAAGAAAAACUUGGACGCCGGAGGGUAAUGGUAAUAGCUGCGGGGAAGAGGUCAUCCCCAAUACAGAUUGUCCAAUAUCAACAACCACGACGGCCCACAGCAAGGUUACAGCGGCUCCGGGGGGCACCAACCCCCAGCCGCAAGGGUCGGCCGCUACUAGUGGAGCCGACGGAGAUUAUCAAUUGGUACAACAUGAGGUGUUAUAUUCCAUGACUAAUCAGUACGAGGUACUGGAGUUUUUGGGUAGAGGUACGUUCGGCCAAGUGGUCAAAUGUUGGAAGAAAGGUACAAACGAAAUAGUCGCCAUCAAGAUUCUCAAGAAUCAUCCUUCUUAUGCCAGACAAGGUCAAAUAGAAGUGAGCAUAUUAUCCAGACUUAGUCAAGAAAAUGCGGACGAAUUUAACUUCGUCAGGGCGUACGAGUGUUUCCAACACAAAAAUCACACGUGUCUUGUGUUUGAGAUGCUCGAACAGAACCUUUACGAUUUCCUGAAACAGAACAAAUUCAGCCCCCUGCCUCUCAAAUACAUCAGGCCUAUUUUGCAGCAGGUUUUAACGGCGUUGCUCAAACUUAAGCAAUUGGGGCUCAUCCAUGCCGAUUUGAAACCUGAAAAUAUCAUGUUAGUUGAUCCGGUGCGACAGCCGUACCGUGUGAAAGUAAUAGAUUUUGGCAGCGCUUCGCACGUCAGUAAGGCAGUGUGUAAUACGUACCUACAAUCUAGGUAUUACAGGGCACCGGAAAUUAUUUUGGGAUUACCAUUUUGUGAGGCAAUCGAUAUGUGGUCCCUGGGAUGCGUCGUCGCGGAACUGUUCCUGGGAUGGCCUCUAUAUCCAGGAUCAUCGGAGUACGAUCAAAUAAGGUACAUAAGCCAAACUCAAGGUUUGCCUACAGAACACAUGUUGAACAACGCCUCCAAGACGACGAAAUUUUUCUACAGAGAUAUGGAUAGUACUUAUCCUUUCUGGAGGUUGAAAACACCCGAAGAACACGAAGCUGAAACUGGUAUCAAGUCCAAAGAAGCGCGAAAAUAUAUUUUUAAUUGUUUAGACGACAUUGGGCAAGUUAAUGUACCAACUGAUUUAGAAGGUGGUCAAUUGUUGGCUGAAAAAGUUGACAGAAAAGAAUUUAUAGAUCUGCUGAAGAGGAUGUUGACAAUGGACCAGGAAAGACGGACAACACCUGGUGAAGCCUUAAAUCAUGCUUUUGUUCGAUUGGCUCACUUAGUAGACUACGCACAUUGUAAUAAUGUGAAAGCUAGUGUACAAAUGAUGGAGGUUUGUCGAAGGAAUGAUUACAAUAAUACAACAUCCUCAUCCCACCAUCAACCGGCGCAACAAGCACCAUCUUUGGUCGCCAAUUUCGUUCCAAAUUCAAAUGGUAACGUCACGUUCACCAUAAACAACCAGCUAUCUAACCAGGUUCAGAGGCUCGUGCGGGACAGAUCCGGAUAUGAUAAUCUGUAUCAAAUAUAUAACGGUAGAACUGUCGGUAGACAAUAUGCCACUAGUAGUAGGGCAGAUCCAUUCCAACAUCAACUUGUCUCGAGCAUUUUAUGUCCUGCUGGUUAUCAAGGUAUGGGUGGUUCGCCUGCAAAACAUGUAACCGUGGUUCAACAACAACAAUUGCAGAUACAACCUCCGAUUUUAAGCCAACCGGGUCAACAACAAUAUGUGCCGGUUAGUGUGGUCGAACCUAGUGGUAGACAAAUGCUAUUAACCAAUGCCGUACAGACAUCCUGGCCGACAAAUCGUCAACAAAUGGCUAUAGUUCCUUCGUGGCAGCAACUUCCACCUCAACAUGCCGCCAUACAACAACCUCUACUAUCCGAAGCCGAAUGGGGUCGUCCAUUGUUGGUCGAUUCGUCUGCCAUCCUUCAAGAACAGCGCCCCGUAUUUCCAGUGGAUGUCACAGCGGAAGUUUAUAAUCCAACUAUAGUCGAUCAUACAGGAGCCUCGUGGAGUAGCAAAAGGAGUUCCAAAAAUCAUCAUAGUCAACAAUCUGGAGGACAUCAUAGCCAUCAUCAUUUAAUGGUACCGUCUCACCAUAGAUCUCAACACGAUAAAAAAGAACAAACGCAACUGAGUCCAGUUAAGAAACGAGUAAAGGAAGGCACUCCACCAUCAGAGCAGAUCAGUUACUCGAGCAGUAGCAGCAGAAGGAAUCACAGUCCCACAAAUCAAUGGCAUCAUUCGUCAUCUCAUCAAGUUUCUUCUCAUGAUCAUCAUACUCAAACGGUUCAUCAUCACCAUCACCACCACCACCACAACAAUAGUAGUGCCGCCGCGGUCGCUGCGAUUCCUUCGAAACAACACACUAUUACCAUUAACGAUACACCAUCGCCUGCAGUUUCUGUUAUAACAAUAUCCGAUAGCGAAGAUGAAGUAACUCCAGGGAAAAAAUCUAUACACACUACCACUCAAACUCAACCAUUAGCACCGCCCCCGCCGGUAGCAGCGGUUCAAAGAAAGAAUGUCAUUAGUUGUGUUAGCGUUCAAGAUAGCGACAACGAGGAAAGGAAUUCGGCUAAGGUUAGCAAGGCUACAAGUCAUACGCAUAGCUACAAUCCUGUCAUCAAAAACGAACCUUGUCAAAAUCAAAGCAGUAGUCACAACAGUAAUACCAGCAGCAUCAAUUAUGCUUCACAGAAGAAAAGAAUAUUGGCAAAAGCACAAUCUGAAUGUAUGUUAAAUGUUCCAACAAAACAAGAACCGACUGAUUACAAUUAUUUACAACAUUGCGGAUCUGCAUGCAAGGAACCUGUACAGUCCUAUCAGUAUGUCAGUACAUCUCAGCACGAUCAACCGACGUAUUCAACAAGCGAUAAAAGAGUCUCCUGGGCUCCACCUGUAGCCCAUAACACCUCGAGUCACUCUAGACGACAUUCUGCAGUACCUGUAGUCAGUCUACAAGAAUACGCAGUACCCGCUCAACCUCAUAAUGAGUAUAUUCAACCGCCGGCGGCUCAUUCUACCAGAGAUACCUUAACCGUCGCCAGAGAACAACAUUUAUUAGCUCCCGGAAAGAGUUGGGGACCACCACAAGCUAUACAUCCCAGUUAUAGACACGGCCAGGCUCAUCUGUCACCCCAACCGUUAUCGGCUGCUCCAAGGCUAUCGCCCCAACAUCCGUUGGCAGCGGCAGCCGGUCAGCCACUUUACCAUCAAACUGAACUUUAUCGAAGACCCGUCUACGUAACUACCACCCAACCCGCCUAUCUGCCUACUACGCACCAGGUAGCGCCAGCUGGCCGCGCGCUACCUCCGCCACCAGCACACCAUUCGAGUGCUAGACCAGUUUUAGCCAGCCACGCCAGCCAUCCGUUACCCGCCCAUUUGCAGUUUCCGUCGCAUGCUCAAGUGGCGGCAGCUUCAUAUGGAUUCGCUCCACUUAGCCCUGCCAAGAGUCAUCAAUAUCAACCUGCAAGUUUGUGGUUCGCCGAAUGAUAACGAAAUAAAAAUAUAUAUAAAAAUUGAAGAAAAAAAAACUAUAGGAUCUAAACUGGACGCCGCUCAAAUUUUGGUCCGGUUUUACAAAAGUUGUAUUUAAUUUUGGUUGUUAGUUUUAUGUUUGGUAUUACUUACGUUUAGUUGUAUUUUGGUAUUUUACGGGAAAUUCCCAAAUAUAUAAAUGAAUAGUUUGCGUAUUUUACUAAAUAACAAAUUUGAUAUAGUUGGUACUCAUAGACAUUUAAUUUUUAUUUAAAUUAUUUAAAAAAUCCAAAUUUUGCUAAACGUAUUUACGACCAAAUUAGUGUUACUGAAUAGUGCCUAUGUUUUAAUCAUAUUAUUUUAUUUUUCAUGUAUUGUGUGUUGGAUUUUUAAAAAUGUUUAGAAUUUCACAACUUAUUUUAUAACGCAAUCGUAAUUUGUAUAAGAGGGUAGUUUUGUGCAAUUCGAUUGUUUAUUAUUCGCAACCCUUUCGCUGUGUGUAUAAUUCGUUAUUCUAUUGCUAUCGGUCUUUCUAUUAAGUUUCCGAUACCUUCCUUCCGUCCAAUUUUCUUCGAUAAAUCCAUUUUCAAAUCCGGCUCGAAGGACCAGAAAUAAGAAUAUUCGGUAUUGCAUAAAUUGCGUCUUAUAGAAAGUUUUAAAAAGCGAAAGGGUUGAUUCGAUUGAAAAAUAUUUUAUAAGGGGCUUAAUUCUUAACAAUGUUUGGCGUUUUUCUUAUUUUUUUAAUUUAAGGUAUUCUAUCUUGCUAUUUAUACAAAACAAAGGGUAUUAAUAUAUGUUUAACUUGAUUGUUUUAUUUUAAUUUUAGAUUAUUUUCUGGUGUUUUUUUUUGUAAAUAUUUAGAUGUUACACUGGAAAAUAACCCGCAUCUCAUUUAUAUACUUAUACUGCCUCCAUAUCAAAAUAAAAACAGUUUAAUUGGACGUCCGCUCCUAAUUAUAGUGGAUCUUAUAAGCAUUUUUUUUCUUAAAUUAUAUUUAGAAUAGUUUCAUUGAAAGUAAUCUUUUAAUUUUUGUUCCGCUAUUUUAUUUUUUAUUAUAUAGCCUAUGUGUUUCGGUGUAUAAUCCAAUUGAUAAUUUAGACGCCGAAGUAGCUGGCAUUCCUUUUUGUUAACCUUAAUUUUAGAUGUAAUCUCUUCUGGACACGAAGAUGUAGCAAUUUAGUUUAUUAUUAACGGGCUUGUUUUAAAGCUUGUAUAUUUUAUGUAGUAGCAAUCACUUCUUUCAUUUUUCAAUACUUGAUGUUAUAAUUACAUUGAAAAUGGAAAAGAUGAAACCUGAAACGCGUGUACAUAGUUAGUUCGUUGCUUUAUUUGUAAUCUUGAUGUGACAUUUGGCGUCCGAAACGCCAAUAUAAUCAUUAGAUAAAAUGUAAAAUUUUGAACGAUUUCAAGAAAUUCAACCACCAAAUGAAAACGAUGAGUGAUUCUUUCGGUUUUAUACAAAUUAUAUGUACCUGGAAUUUUUCUAUAAAAAUAUUUUCCAUCCCAUAGAAACAUCAAUUUUUUUUUCUUUCAAACUAUUGACUAGCAGAACAGUGUCUCUAUUUACUGCUAUCCAUUCUGUUACUUCCGUAUAUUGCCACUAACUGGGAUAUUGAGCUUUUUCGAUAUCAAUAAAUCAUAUACAAAUAGAGUAAUGAAAACAUUCCAUGGGAUCAUCCUCAAAAUGGAAUCGAUACCUAGUUAAGUAUAUAAAUCUUUUUAAUAUAUUUGGAGAACGCAAUCGUAGUUUGCUCUACACCUUAAAAUGACUACUAGCGCUUCUUUGGUUCCAAUAUUGUUAGGAAACACUAAUUUGAUCCCUGAUGUGGUUCAGUUUCCUAAACGUUUUGUAAUGAGAACAUUCCUUGGGAUCAUCCUCAAAAUUGAUUCGAUACAGGGUUUAUAUUUACCUAGUUAAGUAUAUAAACGUUUUUAAUAUAUUUGGAGACCAAAAGUUUAGAACAGUUUAAUGUUUGAGCGUUUCAAACAUUUCUUGAAGUCAUUGAUACAUAUAUACUUGAAAAAAAUUCGAGUCAACGAGUUUUCCACUUAACAAGAAGUUCUAGAUACAUGAUUUAACUGCUGAAAUUUCUACUUACAAAGGCGCGAUUUCUAAGUAUGUUUUUUUAUUUGUAAGGUUAUAUUCAUAUUAAAACAAAUUAUAUAUUAAUAAGGUAAAGUGUACACUAAAAAAAUUCUUGUGAUUUAAACAAUUUUAUCAUAUUCAAGCUUGUCGAACGCUUUUUCGAGGUCAAUAAAACAUAUAGAUAGGGUUAUUGUCGUCUAUGUAUACCAAUUUCCUAAAUCGUUAUGAAACCCUAAUACAAUCCUCGUUUUUUUUUAUUUAUAUCAUAGAUUUGUUUGUUUAAAAGUAAUAUGAUUUGAACUUGAUUUUUUUAAAUUUUCCGUUACUCUUUCUGUUACGUAGUACAAUAUUUUUUAGAAAAAAUUCCAAAGAAAAUAAAUUUUUAAUGGUAAAUGGAUUCUUAGGAAUAGGAUUUAUUUGUAGAAUUAAUUUUUGUUUUAUAAAAGCGUGUUUUGAGAAUAGGUGUAAUUGAAAAUAUUUUUUCGCGAAAAAUUCAAUUUCUGAUAUUUCAUCGUUCAAAUUUAAGAAAAAAAUAUACACAUUUUGAUUAUAUUGUAUAAUUAAUUUUAUUUUUACUAUAAGUUUAUGGAAUUUCUGUUUGUUUGUAAGAAUCGUUUCUUGAUUUUAAAAAUCUUUUCCAUUUUUUUCAUUCGUAUUGAAAAUGUUGUUAUAUGCUACUACUUUAAUAGAUUUUUUCUGUUUAUUCAAUAAUUGAUAGAAAAUUCUUUUACGCCGUCAGGUGUUUAAAGACUUUUUAGUGGUUUCUGCCUUUCAGCGUUUUAAUGGAUAAUUCCUAGCGAUUUUGUAUUGUCAAACACUGUAUCUAGCUAGUCAAUUUUUGCAAUUGAGUCUGUGUCAAAAAAAUAUGUAGGGGGAACAAAAUGUAUGUUGUUUUAGAUUUCAGUCAUAAAUAGAUACUUUAAAAAUCGCUAAUUGUAUCUUCAGUCCGGCUUUUAUACGGAUAGAAGUCUUUUUCGACAUUUUGGGGUUUCAUUUGUUGAAAGUAAAUUAUAAACAAAAUAAUUACUUAGUGGUGUUUAUUAUAAUGAAUAUUUCAAUGAAAAUUCUAGUGUUUAAAAAAAUGUUUGAUGUGCCUGUAAAUGUAAUAAUCUUUCGUACACUCUAUGUUUGACGUUAUUUAAUGAAAAAAGAAACAACUAUGCACUAAUUGUCGUAAGUGUUUUCAACAGGGAUAUAAUAUACGUCAAUAUAGUUGUGGAAUAUAUAGUUGUGAUAUUUAAUUAAAUGAUUGAAAAUAAUCAAUUUUUUUAAUGUACAAAAUGGAUUCUUCUAUAACGAUACUUGUUUUUAACUCUAGCUAGAUUAUAAAUUGUAAAGUGUCUACAUGAAAAGCAACGUUUCACUUCUUCAUUUGAGGAACUCACUGUGUCAUUAGAAAAAUAUAAAUACAGUCGCAUUUCGUUAAUACGAAACUCGAGGGAUUCUUAAAAGGUUGAGAACUAUCGAAUGCAAAGAAUAUCAAAUGGUUUAAAAUUUUAACUAACACUUUUGCCAAAGGUUCUGAUGUGUCGUCCUCCUCAUCUUCAUCGCUGAUUUUUUCAUUUGUAUCUGUCGCAGAUAAAAUUUUGCCAUCGGUUAGCGAACCGUAGACAGUAACAUCCACUCGAACAAAGUCGGAAAAACUCACACUGACUGAUGUCAACCAUGAAACCAGAUUUUUGAGGCAAUGGAAAAUCAUGUGGAGGGAUACAGUUCCUUGUCAAAUCAGUAAAAUAGCCAUCAGAACCGUGACAUUCGUUUGUGGAGAGAUUCUAAAACGAGCUUAACAAUUUCUGUACGAUAGAACGUCUCAAAAUUAUUAUGAAUGAUUCCUUGGUCCGAUGGUUGUAAUUUGGAAAUUUUAUUCGGAAAAAAGAAGUAGGGUUCUACGUUUGACAAUGUAGAAGGACUGUUAUGGACAGUGCAAUAAAUUAAAAAGAGAAAAAAUUUCCACUUUUGUAUAAAAGGAUUUUACUCCUUUGAAACACGGUUUCAUUGCUUUUCCUAUCACUAAGGGUUUAAAUUUUCCUAAUCCGUCCAUAUUCACUGCAAUUAAAACUAUCAACCUCUCUACAUUGUUUUUCAUAUGACAUUUUUCAUCUUUAAAAGCAAGCGUCUUGUCUUGUAAACAGUAUUAAAAAUGUUGUAGCAUUGAAAAUUUUACGAAUGACUUUAGGAAGGGUCUUCAUCAGGAAAAAUUCGUCUAGACUUACUAAAGUGAAGUGUAGCACGCCGAGAAAGCCUUUCUGGUUCAACUAUAGAAGGGCGUUGUAGUAGAAAGGUUAAAAAUAAGAUUGUGCAUAGUCCUUUGUAGAAAGAAAUGAAAUAAUUGAAAAAAAAUCGAUUUUUGAUUUUAGAAAUUGUUAAAAAUUUAGAGUUAAAAAAAUUUUUUGACCUGCCGUUUGAAGGGGACACUUAAAACAUUAUAAACCAACAUAUUUUGGUACGAGACUCGAAAAAAAAACAUAAAAUAGAUAAAGAAAUUAAAAUAGAGAUGAUAUAAAGAUCACAUCUUCUAUUUUAACAUUUUUUGUCAUUUCAUUAAAUUCUGUAUAAAAUUUUUGUUGCAUAAUUUUACAGUUUAUUCUAGAUUUCCUCACUAUUCAGAUUCCUUGCUUGGAUAUUUUAUAUUUCAUUAAAUUUAUUUUGUACCCCAAGCAUUUAUUUUGUCGCUAAGAUAUUUGAAAUAAGCCUUUCGAAUAUUUUGAAACUGUGGACACAUUUACGGUUAGUGUAGUAAUAAAUAUUUGGGAGUUGAUUGAUGUGUGGUUAUCAGAAGAAACUUUCUUGUACAAAACAUUGCCUACAAAAUGAUGUUUUGAUAAUAUUUCGUUAUUCUUAAAAUCGAGAUUAUCGAAGUGUUGUCAGAGAUUUUUUUCAAUUAGUUUAGAAAUUAUAUCUUAAAAAAAUCUAGAUAUAGAAUUAGAAAUAUAUAUAAUAAAUAUAUAUGGUAGAUGUAAAAAAUAAUAUUUUUGGAUUGUGUAGAAUAGUUUUUUCGGAUUACUAAAUAAUACAAAUAAUAAUAUUCAGGUGUUUUUUCGCUAUAUAUAUGUAGGUUUUCUUCUCGGAAAAGCACUCUAGACACGAAUGAUCGUUUUACAAUAUUUUCAAAUUUUAAAAAAUAAGUAUUAUAUACGUUUAGUUAAAAUGGCAAAAAGUUUUAAAAAUUGUUUAAAAAUAGAGAAGGUAGAGAUUUUAUUCAAAUUUUGGCUCGAAAUUUUACAGUUUUCUCUAAAAGUUAUAUAAAAACAUAAACAUCAUAAAAUCUGUGAGUUGUUUACAACAACGGAAUGAAAUCAGAAGAACGCACCUGCUAAAAGAUCCAAAUAUUCACAAAUAUAAUUUUCAUUCGCAAAAUAUAAUCACGAUCACAUGCUUCUUAACUAAAUUCUCAUUUUGCUUUCAAUUACUUAAAUUGAAAUAGCCACAUGAAACGACUUUUACGUGUUUUGUGAUGUUGUUUGUAUUUAACUGCUCAAAUUGUUAACCAGGGACAAGAACCAUUGCCUUACAGUUAUUUCUGAAGCAAAAGUAACUCUUAGUAAUUUCUUAGGAUAUUUCUCGAAAUAAACAACAAUAUUUUCUCAUUUCUCUAGUAGAAACGUACUUUUUAGAAAAAGUGGAAUUCCAUUAACUCUGUUACUGUAAUGCACCUCUAGAGAGUUAUAUUAAACUUAUAUUCGUCGUGGUUCACCUGAUACCCUUUUAUCUCCUACAAUUUGGAAACUUGACGAUUACCUAACUAUUUUUCUAUAUUUUUUUCCUUUUAUAGCUUAUUUUUAAGUAUUUCCAACCCAUAAUGAAGGCAAGGACACCUGCAGAACAUAUAAUCUCUUCUCCAUUACAUUCUUUGUAAUAGACGUUACUCCCCAUUUCUGGAAUCUAAUGCUAACAGUACAAUAUCUAGUGAUCAUUCCAAUGGUCUCCUGGGUCGCCUGAUUCUUAAAGUUAAUUUUUUUCAUUCUGUCUUGGCCAAAUUUCUUUGGAUAUCGUGCAAUCACUUCUAUUUGACCACAUAUCCUGAUGGUUGCUUUGUAGCACCGUAACUGACUCUUUGGCAUCCUCUUCUAAUUUUUUCUUAUCUGCUUUAGAGUUUCCUUCCACGCCAUAGUUUCCAGGUAUUGUAUUGUAGUUUUUUUAUUUGAUUCACCCUUAAUAGUCAGGAUAUUACAUCAAUUUUUCAGUCUGUACGACUAUUUGGAUCUACAGAUUUUUGGUUACCGAGUCAGUUGUUGAAGAUUCACAGUUUUUUUAUCAUUCAUGAUAAAUUUUUCAUCCCCUAGUUGUAGGAAUAUUUAUUUGUAUCCUUUUUUGUGAUCAUAUUAGAGGAAAUAAUAUGCAAUUUAGUUUAGGUUGAUUUUUUAACUAAUAAUAUAAUACUUCAGGUGUUAUUGUUAAAAUAAAAAACAUCUUCGCGAUAUUAUUGUAAAUGAUCCAAGUGUCUAGAUUAAAUUUAUACUAUCCGGGUAUAUGCAUGUAGAUGUACAGAUUCUUGGACGUUCAGUUCCUCAGCACUUUUAUAUUUUAUUUCAAUCAACAGAUUUGUAUAUAUAUUUUUUAACGUUGUUGGUUUAGAGAUCUUUUUUCUGUGAUUGUCAAAAUUUCUUUUGUAUAUAUUUUCAUUUUUUUGGCAUGUACAUUUGGGGGAAUGGAUGGGGUGGAGGUCAGGCCUAUUUGUUCUUGAGAAGAAAUCGAUGGUAAAGAUCUAAUUGAAUAGACAAAAAUGUUCGAAAAGAAAAUAUGCUUGUGAAACUUACCAUUUUAAUAUAUUCUUCAAAAAUAACCAGUAGAUUUUUCAUUCCGUUUAGUAAACAAGAUUAAAAGUGAAGUUAUGAUUUAAAACAAGACAAAAUAGGUAAUUAUAUUGCUUCUUAACCACUGUCAAUAAGGCUUAGAUCCGGUGAACAAACAAGCCAUUUUGAAACUGGUAUGUUUCCAAUAGUAAAACUUAGAGUAAAUGCUUUGUUAUAUUUAAAAAUAGAUUUAUCUACACUUUUUCCAAAACCUAACAUCAAAAUCAACUUAAAAUUUUGAUUAAAUUGAGAGUAAUGGAGUUUUUGCUUCGAUCAUAAUACCUCACCUGAACUUCACAGUGUCUCCGUUUACAUUUUGAAAUAGAUUUGGCAACCUGGAAACUGGAGCUCCAUCAAUCAAUUGAUCACUUGAUUUAAGGCACUGAAAAGGGCACCAUUUCCAAUUUUCCAUUGUCCAGUUUCGUUUUUAAAAGUUAUGCAAACAAGAACAAUCCCAAGAAAUCGUUUCAAAAUAGUGGUUUACAGAAAUUAUCAUUUCAGGUCUGGAUUUUUCCUAGAAAUAAAUCAAAGAAAUUCUGUUAUUCACAACUCUUCUACGACUUUGCUUUAGCCUGUUUUUCUUGAAUCAACUUCUCGUUCAAAUAUAAUCGUGCUAGAUUAUAAAUUUUAUCGAUAUACUCAACAGUGCUACUACAUAUUAAAAUUUUUAUAUUUAUUGCUAGAUAUUCUUCUGCUCUGAGAUUUUUGCUAAGGUGGAGGUGAAUGUUCUACCAGCCUACGCUACGAACUAGUGCUAGCAUGUACUAACACCUACUCCACUUAUGUCCCCCGCGGAAACCGUCAUUACUAAGAGGCAUUAGCUCUUCUUUAUUACUUUCCUGCAUUACCCAAUCAAUGCUGGUUGGUUGAAGAAUCAGACUGACAAAUUGGGCUCUUCUUGUUCUUCGUCCUGGUAAUUUCGGCACGAACCUACGUUCCUCUGUAAAUGGGAGCUUGCUGUUACAUAGCAUGAAGCCUUAGACUGUGUGUCAUUUUUGACGUUCUUCUCGAUCUUUGUCUUCAGAGCUAAGCAUUGCUUCGAUCAAGGUUUUAAGUGUGAUACCUUAUCCAGCGUGAACAUUAAAAAAACAUGCUCUGAGUAUUCCUAACUCAUUGUGGAAAAAUAUAGGGAUACUUAUUUGAUUAGUGUCAUGUCCUAAAUUUUGAUCUGCGGGUGAAUCAGGAAAUAAGCUCACAUAACUUCCAGGGGGUUAGGGGGAGUUCAAAAUGUUUUUAAAUUGUAUUGUCUUGGCUCUUCAGAGGGUGCUAUUUGUUAUUACAAUUAGAUUCUACUUAUAUCUUGCAAGAUAUAAAUUAUUUGAUUUUUUUAUUUUUUGGCUUUGACGGGGGACCCUCCUAACGGUUUCACAAGUCAAUUUUCUUGAAAUAUGUAAAUGUUUUUAUAUUUUAUUAAAGAAAUGGUUUACCUUGGGUCUACGCGAAAUUCUAUGAAAUAGUGAAUUGGGGUUAUAAUCUCAAAAUGAAAAUGAUUUUAGUUUACACUAGUGUCAAAUGUAUAACUUUUCUAGUUCGUUAAGUAUUUCGUGUAGGUCGUUGGGAAAGUAUAAUACAGUUUAUGAGGAUAUACUAUUUUCCUUACUAGUUGUACAAUAUACUAUUGUACCUUUUUCUUCUAUAGAAUUAAAUCGAUAAGAUGUUAACGAUUUUGCCAAAUGUUACAGACCUUAUUCGCUUUAACUAGUUUUAAUAAUAUUGUAACCGCCUUAUUGAGAGACAAAUAUUAGUAUUUUAGACUCUUUAAAAGUCUUUUUAGAUAUGUAUAUUGUUUAGACCUUUUUGCUCUCAUUUUUUCCCAAAUAAUGCACAGGGUUUCUAUAUAGAUUUAUCAAAAAAAAAAAAAAUAAAUUAACAGCGAAUUAGCGUAGUUGCCAAAAUUUUAUAGUCAUCGAAUUAAUUUUUUGCUUCUUACAAUUUAUUUAUGUUAAGUUUCUUUUUUUGGGGCUUUCGUUAGUAUUACUUAGUAUUUUAUUUUGAUGUCAUAUAUAUGUAACUGUGAAAUAACCUUUUUAUUAUUCAUUACUAAACUUCGUACCUUUAAUUAAUAUUUAUUUGGAGGUAAUUUUGACUUGAAAAAUAACAAAAGUUUGUUACUAUGCAAAUUUAUAGAGAUUAUUUUUAAUAACAUGUACUUAGUACCCGAAACUUUAUUAUUUUUUAAAUUGCAUUUUAUACAAUUCAUCCCCUAAAUUAGUAGAAUUUAUCUUAAAUAAUGUAAUUUCUGGAAAAAUUUGUAACAAACUGAUAAAUAACAAAAUCAUCAUCAAUAAGGGGGUGAUAAUCUUUCAUUUAGCUCUAUAUUUUAUGAAAGUUUUAUUUCGGUCCUUAUUCUCUCAGGCUAAAAUCAUUUCUGGUCCUUUAGGCUGCUUUUUUUACAAAACCUUCUGAACUGUUGUUAGUUACUAUCUAUUUACCCCUUAUUUAAUCUAGCCUUGUUAUUACCAACAUUUUCCCGAUAUAUUCAUUUGACAAGUGUUUUAAUUCUGUUCUACUAGUUUAUGAUUUUUUACUGAUUUUUUCCGUAUACUUUCAGUUACCUUAUUUUGUCUAGCCCCAUAUGUUUCAGUAUCUUUAACAAUAUCUUCAUCUAACAAUUGGUUCUUUUCUAUUUUGACUCUAAUAUAAGUUUCUUUCUUUCACCGAUGGUUACAACUGUGUCUGGAACAUCUAGGUAUGCUCGGUGUACUAAUAUAGCCUCAUCAAUUUCAUUAUUUUCAGUUUUUGGAUCUUAUCCUUUUACUGAUUUAGUUGAAUUCGAUUUAUUCAUUCCUCACUUUGUCUAGUCUAAUCAAUUUCACUGUUUUUCACCAAAUUUUCAUAUGACUAGUGGUUUUUUGUAUUUUCAAUUAUUGUACAAUCUAAUUCACACCCUUAACUGGCGCUUUCUGGGCAUAUUUGAGGAUCACAAACCAUAAAAAUGAAAAACGUAUGAAAAUUGAGGCGGCUAGAAUCAAAAUCCGCAAGGCCAUCUCAUGAAAUUUUCGGAAAAAUGGAAAAAAUUGUCACAAACAGACCAAUGAUAAAAAAUUAUCAAUUUUUUUACCAAUAAAUCAAUUUUUACUUCAUAACAGAGGUAAUGUAUGAUCGAGAACACCAAAAUAGUUUCAUAAAUAUUUAGAAAAAUUUAAAAUCAAUAUUUGGACUUGUCGGAUUUUCAUACUGAGAUUGGGAUUUGGCGGGUGGCGGUAUUUGAAAGAAAAAUAAGCUUAGACUGCAAAGGGGUUGAGCUAUAAAAGCUAUACUAAUUGUAAUUUUUACUCAAAAAUUAUUGCAAAGUAUCAUAAAAUAAAAUUUAAUAUUUUGUAAAAAGUAAACAAAAUCUUUAUUGUUAUACUAGGACACACAAUAUCUGUAUCAAUUUCCUCAUCAACAAUAAUGUUUUCAUCUUCUUCAUUGUUGAAAUCUUCGGUUUUACAAAUCUCGAAAAAAUUUUAACGUCUCGUGGUUUCUCCACCCUUAUCCAAAGUGCUUUUUAAGUAGUUUCGCAACAUCCUUUAUUUUUGCAGCUUCAAGACUAACCCCCUUGUUGAUGGCUUUUUCUUUCAUGUGAGACUUAUUAAACUUUGGUUUUCUGACAGAUUUUGCUUGACAAGUUUCAGUUGUAUAAGAGACAUUUCACCCUAGACCAGACUGUUUUUUUUAGCAUAAUACUUUUUGAUGGACUGAACUUGAAGUGCCUUUUUUGCACUUUCAGAUUCAGACUUUCAGUAUUUAACCGGGACAGUGACUCUUUUUUUUUUCAAAUCUGUUUCAAUCAAUCCAAACACCCUGUGGAAAAUAAAGCAUUAAGGCUAAACAAAUCGCAGAGGAUCGUGGGUAGUCACGUGACGAAACUAGGCGCUCCUAUUGGCGGAUUUUGAAACUGAAAAUGGCGUAACUGCCUUUAGACUUGGCGGAAAUUGCAACUAAACCUCAACUCUCAGAUAACAGUUGUUCUGAAUUUGGCAAUAACAAACUCAACUUCGAAAAAAUAUGGACUUGAAGGGUUUUGAUUCUAGGUACCUCAAUAAUUCAAAAAUUCAAUUUAUCGAUUAGUUUAUAACUAGUAAAACAGUAAUUUCACCGAAGGAGAGAUUUUUUGAAAUUUUUAGUUUGUUACAAAUUUGAGCAACGAUACACGUUACAUUUCUCGAUUUAAAAACAUUUUAAUGUAAGUCAAUAAGUGCAGAAAUUCAAAUCAAAAACAAUUUCUUGUUAAUAUUCAUAUACCUCAGGAAACUGCACCUUAUAAAAUGUACAAUUUUGGGUACGCAUAAUGAUUAAAAAUAUUAAUUUUUGGGCAAUAUGUUUUGUAUAUAUACAUAUAAUAUAAAGUUGGGUUGGUUAUGUAUUUUUAUAUUAGUUACCAUAUAUAGAGAUGCGCUUGUAACGGUUGUAGUUCAAUUGCAAUUUUUAUUAAUACUAAUUUUUUUUUCAUUCAUAUAGGUCUACAUGUUUCUCAAUAGAUAUCAGAGAAAAAUAGUUUGAAUCUUUUUAAUCACUUCCAAUAUUAAGAUAUAACAAAUAUUUAAGAUUUUUACUAUAUAUGAUCUAAAGGCUGCACUACAAAAUAGAAUUUUUUAAACGAUGUGGCAACAUUUCCAAAUAUUCGUUUAGAUUUUUUAGUCUUUCAUUCACUAAAUCAUUUUCAAACAAAAAAUUCAGUUAAUGGAGGUAAAUAUCGUUAGAGACAUUAGGGCCAGUACGGUACUGCACUUUGUUUACAAUGUUGUCAAGUGAAAUUUUAUAUUCACUUCAUUUAUUUUGGUAAUAUAAGAACAGAGCCUCUGAUUUAUUAAUUAACGAAAACAAUUUUUAAUCAGGGUGGCCUUAAAAAGAGUAACGGAUACCCAAAUGUAAAAAUUACGAAGUGAACGCCAUCUGUUAAUUUUCUUUCACACUUCAAUAGAAGUAAACAAUAAAACCAGAAUAUGAAUUAAUUUUUGUUGUUUCAUAAACAAUCUCAUGAGACUGGGAAGUUAGACCGACAAACUUUUAAUGGUUUUUUAAUUUGUUCACAUAAUACCGCUUCGCCUUCUUUUAGUUGUCUGCUUCUGACUCAAAUAUAUUUCGUGAUUUUAAAAUUUUCGUUAUUCUUAAACCGAUUCUUAAACACAACUUUUUGUUCUAAAUACAAAAACACGUUUAUGAAAUAACGAGAAUUGCAAAAUUGAAGAAAUUUCUACGAAAAUCACAAAAAACACAUAAGUAGCAUCAAACACCCUUACGGAUUGUAUUGUUAGAAGCCAAAUUUAGCGCCAUCUAGUGACACGUGAUUUUCUCCAAUAGACUAUCGAUUUCUUCUUUUCCUUUUUUUAGAAAGCUUCGUUGGAUAAUAUUUGUGUGGGAUGAGGAAAUUUUUUAUAAUGAAAAGGAUUCAUUGGAAUUAUCCCUGAUAUAUUUUUAAGAAGGAUAAAGGAAAUUUUUUUAUAGGAGGAAGGUUUAAUGGAGUUGGCCCUGAUAUAGGAGUUGCUCUUCUGUAGGGCUGGGGUUGAGGCUCGGUUUGAGGAUAUUUUUUUUUGUUUUCAAAAUUUUUCGAUCAUUUGACAUGACAUUUAUAUAUUGUCAACAAAGAGCAGGUUCGGACUGGUUAGAAUUGGUUUUUUUUUUCAAAUAAGUACUACUAGAAUACUUUUGAGUUAAAAAUUUAGAAAAAAUGUAGUUAAAAAUAGAAAAAAAUGAUAAUAAGCCCAGUUACAGUUUUCUUUAACAUAAAAAUAAUAUCCUUUUUAAAUUGAUAAGAAAAAUAACAAAAAAAUUUAGAAUGAAGACUAUGUUUGAUAAAAAUGAUUUUGGAUGUGUUGCUGUGUGAGUUUUGUAGAUUUAACUAUUAUAAUUAUUAGUGUUACACAAGACUGGUGUAGAAUCAUGUCAAUAUUUUAGCAAAUUAGUGGUGUUUGUACACCUUAUUAAAUGGUGAUAGGCUAUCUAGUAGUUAUUUGUAUAUUAACUAAAAUAACAUUGGAUUGUCGGAAUUAUUAUUUCGUUUAGACCAAUUGUAGGUGAUGAAAAAAAUAAAUAUUUCCAAAAUCAGCAUUCAAAUGAACUUGAAAUUGAAAAAAGAUGAAAAUUAUAUGAGUAAGUUUUUGUUAAGAUAGUUGACUAAAGUAAAACAUCUGCAACUGGCCUAAUAAAUUUUUUCAUACGCAAAUCAAAAGUACAUUUAACGAAUUUUUCUUUUAACUUGAAAAUAUAGUACAAAAUGAGAUUUGUUGAAAGUGAUUGUAUAUAAAAAAAUAUUUAUUAUAAUUGUAAAUAGUUUUACCGAUGGAAUGAUUUUUGGUUUGUCUUUUUUUAAAUAGUAUUUCGAUUGUAUGAGAUUUUAUUUGUUUAUAGAGGCCUUAGUAGUUGAAAUAAAACUACGUUAUUAAAUUUUAAUACAAAUCAUUUUAUUGAAAAUUACAGCACUUCCGAAAUGUCAUUUACAAAAUGUAAUGUUCGAAAAAAGAUUCGUUAAAUCUACUAAAUUCAAUUAACUGCUAAUUAUUGUAUUUGUUCGAGUACAAAUUAUAAAAAUCGUUACAAUAAUUGUUUAAUAACACAACACUGCUGUAUAAUGUAUUAUAUGUCAUUCAAUAAACAAAAUGUUAUAUUUAAUAUUCGUCUUUUAAAGUGUUUGCACAUUGAAAUUCAAAUUUUUCGAUUUAAAUUAGACAAUCUGUAGAAAUAUUUGUUGUAUAUCAACUAUUACACUAAUAAAAAAAUAUUUACUUCAAUAUUUGUGAUAUUUUGAGAUUUUUUAACGAAUCCAUCAAAAUUUAUUUUCUUUUUUUUUUCUCUAAGAAAUAUUAUAUGUAACGAAAAAGAGCUGCCCGUACAAAAAAACAUUAGUUUACACGGUUUUAAUAUCCUUGAUAAAUUUUGUUAUUAAUUUGGGUAGAAAAAAUAAUCUGUCACGUCUUGUUUAACAAAUAUUUAUUAACUCAACUAAAAUACAAAAUUUUGGUUUUAAUACUAAAAAAAAAAAUUAAAAGUGGCUAAUUUUUACUUUCUUUUUAUAGCUAUUUGAUCCCAUUUUUCUUAUGAUAGACCGACAGUAAUCCCCUGAUAUGUUUCCAACCCCAAAAUCUUUAAUGUCGUUAUUCGAAAACCUUAAAAUCUUAGUGAGAACGUUCCUCUUGCUCAUCACUCAUACUUUCUAAGUUUUCAGGGAAAAAACUCAUAUACGAGUGCAGAAAAUGACUGUAUAAAACUGAGAAUAUUUCGUAAUUAUACGGAUUUGUGGGCCAACAAAUAUCCCCUCUUACAGUUUUCCCUCUGUAGAAAGAUUUUUUUGUAAAUACCGGACUGUUUUUGUCCAAGUUUUUCAGAAAAUUUGCCCUAUAAUAUACUCAUUCCGAAUAGGCCAUUUUUUUACAUAUGUUGUUUUAAUAUUAUUUGUUUCUUCUUCUCCUAUCUUUGAAUGUCAAAGAAAUUAUCCACUGUCAUUUUUAACAAGCUUGCACUACUGUAAGAUCUAAUUAAUUUGGAAGAAUAUUAGGAACCUUUUGCAAACUUUCUACAUUUUUUGUUGGUUUUUAUGAUCAACAUUGUGGAUUACAGCAUCUGGAUGAACUACUAUUUGAUAUUUAUUGGUACUACUCUAGUUACUAUUAUUUGUUUCUUCUUCUCUUAUCUUCGAGUGUCAAUGUAUGAUCUAAAUAAUUUUGAAAAAUACUAGAAACUGUUUGCAGAUUUUCUUCGGUGGCAGAAUUACACCAAACGAAAUUAUCUGCAGGUGAGUUAUGUGGAAUAUUUGAGGAAUUCUUGAUAUUAUGUAAUAUUUGCACAAAGAAAUUUAUUAUUGAAACAGUAGUUUAGGCUUAAAAUAAUUUCCAAAUUUCCAGAAAAAGAAAUACUUUGUCAUUUGGACAAUGAUAUAUACUACAUAAAAUAUUUUUUAUUAAAAAGUAUAUUCAUUUAAAUAUCUUUUAAUGCCCAUUUAAUAAUGAAAAAGUAUUUUUCACAAAUAUUUAAAUCAAAUUAUUCAAGACAAUUAUUGGUUGGUGUUUCGAUUAAUGAUACAAGUUUUAUUCGGUACAGUAUUUAACCGAAUCAUUGAAAGUAUCCAAAUCAAUCAUGAAAUUAGUGAAAAAAAGGUAUUUACUUAUUUCAAAUUACGUAUUAUUUAAAGGCAUUAAAUGACUUAUAUUUUGAUUCGAAUAUAAAAUUGAUUGACUUGAUUAAAUUGGAAAAAAUAAAAUUUUCACAAGCGAAAUAGAAAUCUCAAAAUAUUACUGACUUAGUCCAUAACGUUUCGAAUGUGUGCUUAUAAAAUCCCUUCCAUAUAUUUGAAAAUUAGAUUAAAUCUUGGAGACAUUGCAGUGAUUGAGAUUUAUUGGUCCUAAAGCAUUAUUUUUAAUUUUAGGUCCUUAUUGGGGACUAAUAGGAAUCAUAUCAAAGAAAUUUGUGCUAAAUGGUGUAUUUCGGACUACUAAUUUUCAGAUUUUAUUUAUAAAAAUAUUUGUAGCAGGAAAUCCGAAAUACACGUACCGUCAACUUUUCCCAAAAAAUAUUAAUUUUCGCAUAAAUAGUGAAAUAAUACUUAUAAACAUUAGCAGGGUAUUCGUUUUGUGUGAUUAUUUGUAAACGUUCAUAUUUUCUGAACUAAAACUGACGAGUUUGUUAGAACAACUUUUCGGAAUAUUCAGAAAAAUAUGUUCAAAAAUUUCGACUGCACAUACUGACUGCAUCAUUAACCUGCCACUGUUGUUAGUUGGACCAAAAUAAUAUGAAACGUGAUUAUGCUGCCAACAGAAAAAAAAUUUCCAUUAAAUAAUCAAUUCUUUUGAUAAUAACAGUGAAUAAAUAAAACACACUGUAUAUUUCGGUAGUAAUAGUAAAUAAACAUUGAUUCAAAAAUUUUGUUUCAACUGUAACCAGCAUAAUUACCAAAAAGUGUAAAAUACAGUUGGAAAAAUUUGGAAAAAGGCGUGGGUAGGUCAAAUUUACAUUUUUUUUUUACAAAAAUUAGAAACCAUUGGAAAGUAGAAAUAAUUUAUUUGAAGCUGAGAAACUUUUUUCUUCGUUUAUUUCCAAGUAUUCUUCGGAAAACUUUCUUUACUGAUAAAUUUGAGGCUAUAGAAAAUUUUACAAAUAGAAUUUGUUUUUACUUUCUCGCAAUCUUUAUAUAAAAUGAUAUAAAUAAAUAAUUACGAAUGGUGUUGUAGGUUGAGAACUGAGUUUUUUAAUUGCCGACGUUUCGACCCUUUAUUUGAUCAUUAUCAAGGCUCUGUGUCAUAUGUAUUGUCUAUAGAUUCCAGUUUAAGAUGUGAUUUUUUAUACAGUUGAAAACCCUAAAGCCGAGCUUGUUACAGGACCGUACUUCAUACUUAAGAAAUAUUUUGCGGUUUCGUACAGAUAAAUUAUAAAUAAUUACGUAGAAUUAUUAUAUAAUGUGAAUGUGAAGUUUGGAAAAGAUAUAAAGUGAUUUUCCACUUAUCAAAUGGAAUUCUUUAAUAGUUUCAGGUCAGAAAAUUUAAAUGUUUCAUUUCGGUUGAGACUUGAAAAAGAUACUCACGGAAAAUUUGCCUUUUUUUCUUAAUUUUCUUGUAUUUCAUCUUUAUCAAUAUUCAAAAUCAUUUUUAUAAGACGCUUUUUAUUUGUAGUACAUUAUGGCGCCUCUGAUUUGUACCAAUAACGAUGCCGCGCCGUGUUUCCCCUCUGAUGUUUACGUGCUGAUCACGCCCUGAUCAUUGUUUUGAUGUAUUAUUUUUUUUUUUCUAUAAAUAGACUUUAGUUAGGACAAUAAUAUCAAUUUAUCCCUCAUUCUAAAUAUAUCAAUUCGAAGAUGAAACCUGCACUAAAUUUUAUCCAGUAUAUUCAUAUUAUCAUGAAAAAUUUUGCUACAACUAGUUAUCAAUCAAAUAAUCGAUUUUUGAAUAAGUAUUGAAAAUAAGUAGCUAAAUUUGGCAAUAACGGGGCAAGUAAGAAUACAAUUUAUUUUCAAAGUAAUUCUUAUUAUGAAUAUUGUUCUUCUUUUUCAAAAUCCGGCCAUACGAUAAUGCAAUGUUGCCCAAGUUAAAGUCACUUUUAAUUUCAAUUAUUUCUCUUGAACAUUACUUAAUCGAGUCUUUUUUUCAAAAUUCUUUCUAUAAUUUUUUAUUGUAUUGAAAACUCAAGAUCGUGUGUAAAUUCCUAUUGACUCGUAUUGCGUAUUAGCGGAAAUCAAGGUCGCGUUCUCGAUUCCCAAAAGAUAAAUCAAGGUCUAGAUUACUUUGUAAAUCUACCAAACUGAUCUAAAUCACGGUCAGGCUCAGAAUCAAAGAAGUCCCAGAUCACAUUCUUGACCAGUAGAAGCCGCCUCAAGAUCUAAAUCACGUUCGGGUUCUAGAAAAUCUAAAUACCGUCAGGUUCCAGAAGAUCUAGAUCAUAUUCGGGCUCCAGAAAAUCUAGAUCAGUUCUAGAAAACCGGAUUCUAGAUCACGAUCUGGUUAGGUUGAAUUAGAAAAUGAAUGGAAACCAAGGUCGCGUUCAGGAGGCACAAAACAUAAAUCAAGGUCUUGAUUACGUUCUGAAUUUAUCAAAAUGGACUCAAGAUCUAGAUUACGUUCAGAUUGGGGAUCAAGGAAGUCGAGAUCGCGUUCAGGUUUCAUAAGUCCGGAUCACGUACUUAAUCAAUAAAAGCUGUUUCAAGAUCUAAAUCACGUUCGGGUUCUAGAAAAUAGAGAUAUCGUUCAGGUUACAAAAGAUCUAGAUCACUUUUGGAGUCUAGAUAAAAUAGUGGGAGUUCUAGAAAACCGGAUUCUAUAUCACGAUUUGGUUCGGUUGAAUUAGAAAAUGAAGGAAAUAAACGGAAAUCAAGGUUGUGCUCUCGAUCCCCAGAUGAUAAAUUAAAGUCUAGAUUACUUUCUGAAUCUGUCAAAGUGACCUCAAAAUCUGGAUCACGUUCGGGCUUAUAACAAUGCAAUGUUGCCUAAAUGGAAUGUAAUAGUUAAUUUCAAGUGGUUCUUUUGAAUUUACGGUACUUUAAUUUGAGCAUUUCAAAUAAUUUAAUAUUGGUUCGAAUCCUUGAACACAUACUUAGAUCCAGCGCACAAAAAAAUUUGUUUUACCAUUAAUAUUUGCUAAACUCUGAUUAAGACUUUGUUUUUCUACGUAAUGGUAAUUUCUACAUAGUGUUAACAGUACUGAAUAGUUUUAAGGUUGUGAUGGAAUCCAGUCCAACUUUUCCAACUGUUUCGAUUAAUAUUCGUACAAAUCAUCUGUCGAUGUUUGAAAAAAAAAUGUACUAGUUACUAAUUAUUGUGAUUUGGCCUGAAAUAAUAAUUGUAAACUUAAUGUAAUAUAGACUAUCUGCAUGUAUCAUAGAUUAAAUUUAUAAUAACUGUAAAAGCUUGCAUAGGGUUUUAUUAAAUAUUUUAGUAUGUUUUUCUCUCUAUGAAUAAUUAAUGUUGCAUUUUGUGAAAGAGUACUUGACUUUACUGAUGUAGAUACACAUUUGUGGAUACAAAAUUAUCCAUAUCAUGUGUAUUUGCAGUAAUAAAGCUUGUUCAAUGCUUAA